AUGAAAGAGUAGUGUUACUGAGAGUGUUUAAAACUUAAGUAAAGAACAUCGCAGUUCCAUUCUAAGUAGUUUGCUGUUAUACUUUGUGAAAAUUAGUUAGGAUUUAUUGAAUCGGUUUUUAAGUUAACUUUAAGCUCUAAGUUAAAUUUAAAAGGUAUAGCUCAGGAAUGAAAUUUAAAAAGUUUUUACUGACCAUGAUAGUAGCAAUGUAACAAACUGACGAUCUUUCACUGUUUCAGAGUUUCAUUUACAAGUAAAUAUAAAUCAUAAUAUGGAGUCUAAGUAACAUUUUUUAGAAUUUUGUGAACAGUAAUGAGAUAUUAAUUUUAUGUUGACGUUAUUCUACGUCGUCAGGAAACAGUAUACCAUUUUAUAUAUGUUAUCUUGAUUAUAAUUGAACUUCGAAGUUGAUGUAUAAUCUAGUUCCGGGACUUCAAAAAACUAUGGGUGGAGGAGUGGUGGCUGCUGUUUUAAAAGUACAUAAGAAAAUGAAAGAACUUGAAAAUAAAUACUUGGAAACAAAGAAGCAGUUGGAAAACUUGUGCGAUCAAACAGAAGCAACAGAAGAUGAUGAAUAUGAAUUGAAAAAUCUGCUACUUUUAUCAGAAGCACAAUGUAAUUUACUUGAAGAACAACUUCUUUAUGCACGUGAUGUAUUGUCAAAAAAACUAGAUAUGAGAACUGUGCCGCCUUCUGAUUUAGGCAGUUCUUCUUCCAAGGUUAGCACUGUGGAGAAUAUUCGCACUGAUCAUUCUCAUAAUAUUCUGUGGAGAUCAUCUUAUGCAGAAGAUGGACAUGUGGAAAGAACUGAUAGUACAAGAAUUGGUGAUAAUUGGAGUUUGAUCACUCCUCAGAAAGCUUUUGAUUAUCCCAAUAAAAGAGAAACCAAGAAAAAAAGUGAAAAACAGCAAAUUCCUGUAGAUCAGAUAAACCCAGAACUUCUGCAAGACAGUGGUAGGACCUGGAAUAGUGAAAUGCACGUAACGACAAUAACUGAGUCAAAGUUAAAAACAUUUCCUGCUGAUGAGGAACAAAAAUUUCUAAACAACAAAUACCAUCAAGAUAAAAAGUUACUUAUCAAAACUGCUACUUCUCCACCUAGAAAGGAACUUGAAACAUUAACUACAGAAAAUGAAAGACAGUUUCAAACUUCAUUUGCAAACAAAAUGCAGAAGCAGUCCCAAAAUAAAAGUAAAGAACCCAUUGUAAAACAUUUACAGAAUCAAACUGUAGAACCUAAAGAGAUUCAGUUUCAAAAUCUAACUUCUGAACACACUGUGAAAGCAUUUCAAAAUCAACCAACAGAACCCGUAGAAAAAUAUUUUCAAACUUCAACCCCAAAUCUUAGAGAGAAUCAGUUCCAAGAUCAAAUUUCACAAACUACAAGGAAACAAUUCCAAAAUGAAACUAUGGAAUCUGUAGAAAAACUUUUUCAAACUUCAACUCCAGAUCUUAAAGAGAUGCAGCUUCAAACUCAAACUAUGGAAAAACAAUUUAAAAACCAAACAUCUGAACCUAUUGAGAAAGAGUUUCAAAAUCAAUCAACAGAAUCUAUAAAAGAAUAUUUUCAAACUUUAACCCCAAAUCUUGGGGAGAAGCAGUUCCAAAAUCAAACAACACAAACUACAAGGAAACAGUUCCAAAAUAAAACUAUAGAACCUGUAGAAACAAAUUUUCAAACUUCAACUCCAGAUCUCAACAAGAAGCAGUUUCAAACUCAAACUACACAAACUGUAAACAAACAGUUCCUGAAUUUAACUUCAGAACCUACAGGGAAACAAUUCCAAAGUCAAGCAAUGGAAUUUGCUCCGGAACAUUUUGAAAUUCCAGCUUCAGAUUUAAAAGAGAAGCAGGUUCCAAAUUCAAGUGCAGAAUUAUUGAAAAACCAACUGUUAACACCCGUUACUCCAACAACGAAAGAAAAACAACUUAAAUCUUUUACUACAGAACCCCAAAAAAACCAGCUCCAAACUCCAUCUUCAGUCAAGAAACAAGGUAGAUCUAGAAAAGUAAGAACUUCACUUUCAGAUCUAAAAAAUGAACAAAAUUUUGUGAAAAAUAAUCGAAAUGUAAAGACUGAUUAUCUUCUCCCUCAACAAAGAACGAGGCAGAGAAGGCAAAGAACUGCAUCAUGUUCAGAUAUUUCACAAGCCAGAGCUAGCAAGGGACGUACAGGAAUUACUAGACAUUUUCAGCUCCGAUUUCAAGAUAUUCCUUUUGUAGCAGGAAAGUCAACCUCUGCCAGCCAUUCUGUGACAGUUAACAUGCAAAAUUUGAUAGCUAUGUUGAAGAAACACAACCCUAAACUUUGUUCAAGAAGUGCUCAUCGACGUUCUUGUAGUGUACCCAGGAAUGAAUCCAGGUUUCCUGUAGAGGAAUAUGUUCAGUCUAGUGAGUCCUUGAGGAGUGCAAGGAGUCUUGAUAACUUAGAUGUUUACAGGGACUUCAGUGAACUUCUGACUGGGUUGCAGGAUGAGUUUGAACUACUGGCAUUAGAACAUGCUAAAAUUAGCAAACAUUUUACAAGAGCAAUUGAUCCAAUCAUCCUAAACCAGCUGGAAAAAGAACAGGGUAAAAUCCACCAGCGGUUGGACGUAAAGAGAGAACAAAUUGAACAUCUUCGAAAAUUGCAAGCUCUGAUUCAACAAGAUUAUAGAAAACACAGGACUAUCUUAAACCCUAAUACCAAGGGAAAGGUUCAGGUAACAACAGAAAUAACCACCAUGCCACCAGCUGCAGGAGGAUCGGUAGAAGUCUGUACAACUACCACUAGUCCUAGUCUUGAUCAACAACCAUCCAGCACAGUACAACAAAGGAGACAACUUCUUCGUGACCUGCAAGACUUGCAGGCAGUACUUACAGAAAAUACUGCUUUAUAAAAAACUCUAAAACUAUUGUUACUUGUUUGUUUGGUUUAUUUACUAAAUACAUUAUGGAUUCGUUCUUCUAGGUUAGGGUUUAGUCGAGUAUGUGUUGGUACUUGUAACUUGACAUUCACAUGUGAUAUCAUUUAUUUGCAUGUAGUAUAUAUAUAUAUAUUUCAUGAACAUCUUUAGAUUUCAAUUGGGGUAGUUUUAAUUAAAGUUGAUUAAAUAAUUUUCUGCAAAGAAUAUUUUAUAAAGUACAUCAAAAUGCUUCCAAAAAUUAGGUGAUUUGUUAUAUUGUAUAUUUUUCUAAAGAAAACAAAAUUGCAUUGUAUAGAAAAAUAAAAUUUUAAAUUAAAAAAUCUACUUGAACUUUUCCAAAUCCUGGAUGGAUAUACACAUUUUUGUAACUGUAAGAAGAAAAAGGUUACUUACAAUGUUUUAUGUGCAAUUCUUGAUGUCUCGGUGAAAAUAGAAAAUUUUGUGGAAUGUUGUUCAGGUGGUAGUAAUGUUCUUGUUUACAUAUAUCUUAAUAAUCUUAUUCAUA